AUGGGUUUCGGUAAUGGUACUGGUACUGGUACUGAUAUUGGUAUUAGUAUUGGUAGUGAUAUUGGUAUUGGUAUUGGAAAUUACACUGGUUUUGGUAUUGGUAUUGAUGUUGGUAUUUGUGUUGCUAUUGAUAUUGGUAUUAGCACUGGUUUUAGUAUUGGUAUUGAUGUUGGUAUUAAUACUGGUUUUGAUCUUGGUAUUGGUAGUGAUAUAGAUAACGGCAGAAGUACUGGUGCAGAUAUUGGCAUUGGUACUGAUAUAGGACUAAUACACUUAGAUAUUGGUAUUGGUGUUUGUACUGAAAUUGGUUUUGAUAUUGGCAUUCGUACUGAUAUAAAUAGUGAUAUUGAUAUUAUUAUUGAUAGUGGUAUUGGUAUUAGUAUUUGUACCUUUUGGUAA